GAGAAGCUCCUGCUUCCAGCCCUGAACUACAAGCCCAGCCGCCCACAAAAAACAUCACGCCGAUUUCUCACCCAGCUUCCCUCCUGCCUCAGGAUCUCAAGGACUAUGUGUUAGAAAUGACAGUGGAAGAGACAAGGCUCUACAUGAGAAACCUGCUCUUAGCCUUGAGGAGAGUACAUUCAUUCAACAUCAUUCACAGAGAUAUUAAACCAAGCAACUUUCUAUACAAUCGCCAUACCAAGCAAUUCCUAUUGGUUGACUUUGGCUUGGCACAAAAGGUCAAUGAGAAUGAAAACUCUCUGCGUAAUCCGAUUAUGAAAAGGAAAAGAGAAGAUGACGACCUGGAAAAUGCGGAGAACCCCAGGGUAAAGCGGUGCACUCUGGAGCAGGUGGGCGGGAACAAACAGGAUCUGAGUGGAUUUGCCAAGCAACCUCAGUACUCCAACGUUCUCUCCACGAACACCAUCAAGAGACCUUUGACAACCAACUCCUCAAAUGUGAUAAAUAACACUGCCGAGAAAGUGUAUGGCAAGAAGCAGUCCUUCCAGAACUUGAUGCCGCAGAAAGUAAAGUCUACCAAUGCUCAAACCAGUUUUGUGCGUGUCCAGAACUCUCAG